AUGUUCGACGUUCAUUGUUUAUUGUCUCUGAUAUUCUUCAAGCUUCUCAAAAUAAAUACCACACCUGUUCGCAAUAUUCCAAUGAAUGAAGUAGGAACAGUAAGUUUCAGCUUCCUAUCUUUUCCUUCUUUUCUCUUUUUUCUUUUUCUGCUUUUUUUGCCUUUUCUUCUUUUUCUCUUUUCUUUCUUUUUGCUUUUCUUUCUUUUUUCUUUUUCUUUCUUUUUCUUUUCUUUUUUGCUUUUCCUUCUUUUUUUGAUUUUCCUUUUUUGCUUUUGCAUCUAUAUUCUUUUUCUUCUAUAUUUUGCUUUUUCUUCAUUUUUGAUUUUUCUUUUUCUUCUUUUUUUGCUUUUUCUUCUUUUUUCUUUUUCUUUUAUCUUUUUCCUUCUUUUUUCUUUUUCUUUCUUUUUCUUUUCCUUCUUUUUUCUUUUUCUUUCUUUUUCUUUUGCUUCUUUUUUUUGCUUUUCCUUCUUUUUUGCUUUUUCUUCUGUUUUCUUUUUCUAUAUUUUCCUUUCUGGAUAUGUUCGGUAG